CAUCUGUCCUCCAUGCUGCAGUGGCCUGCGAUAAAGUAGCGACAUGGGCGAAGGGCAGCUGCUGGGGCAAAUCUGGAGUUAUUAGUGGGAGGUGACCAGUAGCCCACAUCUUCAGCAGGGGCUGAACAGCAAAGUACAAGCAGACUCUCGCGGGACGAAGUGUUGACCAAAGUUGCUGUUUUUGGCUGAAGCGCCGACAUUCCUCAGACAGUCCUUGGGAUUUUUGCUCCAGGAUGGACCUUGCAGACACCAAUGCUUGGAUCACUUACUUAAGAAAUAACUCUUUGCUGCAACCUCUGUGGGACAGCCUGAGGCUUAACUACAGCGAUUAUUUGAGAUCUCCACUUUUCCCCAUUGUGCUGACUGUCUCAUCUUACUUUAUCAUCUGCCUCCCUUAUCUUAUUUGUGACAUCAUGGGGGACAGAUGGGCAUGGGUCCAGCAAUUCAAGAUCCAACCGAACCGCAGGCCAACAGCCUCUACACUGCUGCACUGUGCGAGUGUCACCUUGUACAAUCAUGUUUUUCUUGUGUUCCCUGCGUCCGUGGCUCAGUGGGCCUGGAGGCCACCCGUGGACCUGCCGGAACGAGCCCCGACCCUGAUGGAGCUGAUUGCGGGGGUGAUUGGCAACCUCCUGCUCUUUGACUUCCAGUACUUCAUUUGGCACCUGCUCCACCACAGGAUCCGGUGGUUGUAUGUCACCUUCCAUGCUAUCCACCAUAAUUAUUCAUCUCCCUUCGCUCUUGCCACUCAGUGUCUUGGCGGCUGGGAGCUGGUCACAGUGGGUUUUUGGACCACGCUGAAUCCGAUGAUCCUGAGAUGCCAUCUUCUCACGACAUGGGCCUUCAUGGUAUUACAUGUGUAUGUUUCUAUAGAGGAUCACUGUGGCUAUGAUUUUCCCUGGUCCACUUCACGUGUCAUACCAUUUGGCAUCUAUGGAGGGCCCAGCAAACAUGACGUGCACCAUCAGAAACCCAACACUAACUUUGCACCGCACUUCAGUCACUGGGACAAAAUAUUUGGCACACAUGCUGAUUUCAGUUUCUGUACUCCAGUGAAAUAGGCUUUUGCAAAAUUGACAGCAGCUAGACAGAGAACAAUAUUUUCAUGUAUCUGUUCUCAUUAUUCAAAUUAUAUGAAUAUAAAGGUAUUAAGGAAUGGAAGCUGAAGAGAAAUGUACUUUUUCUUUUAAUGCAAAUGGAAUGAGGAUACUGCCGGCACUGUACUAAGACUUUUCUGUAACGUCAGUGACAGUUAAUUAGUUCAGCUUGUAAAAUCUUUAUUAUUUGAACCAUGUAAAUCAUAUAACAAUUGCCUUUUCAUGCACCUGUCUCAUUAUGUAUUUGGUUUCUUACCUUUGAAAGAGCUCUAGAAAUGGCUUACUAUAUUCUUCUUUAGACAAAUACAUGCAUUUUCAGGCACACAGAUGAAAUCAUUUGUUUAUCUACUGUAACUAUUCACAGCCGGAAUGCCACUUUACACAUUUAAUAAAGCUAUAUAUACAAAUCACAACUAAUGCACAUAUUGAUGCAUUUAGUGACUAAUGACUCCAGAUGAAUACGCUUCAUGUCUUAUUGUGUAGCAAUAAAUUAUGCUUCCUUAAAUCUGGA